AGUGAACAGGUGUCACAUCUUUACCUGCAGCAGCCUGUUAAGGACACAAAGAAGCAGCGCCAGAGAAGCACCUGGGAAACUACACCUGAGAAUACAAUUAUAAGGAGCUGCAAAUCCCUUUGACUGCUUACACCUGUUUCACUCAUCUUUUGGAUUAAAAACGAGAAAAACUGCAGAUAUGGACAACAGACUGGUGCUCACCGUCCUGUUUGUGGCGCUGUCCUGGAUGGCCAUGAUGACCGAUGCAACUACCACAGCAGCACCCGCGACUACAUCACAUAACACGUCAACGCACAACAUGACAUCGCCAAUGCCACCGCACAACAUGACAUCACCAAUGCCACCGCACAACAUGACAUCACCAAUGCCACCGCACAACAUGACAUCACCAAUGGCACCGCACAACAUGACAUCACCAAUGGCACCGCACAACAUGUCAACACCAAUGCCGGUGAACGACACGUCAACGCCAAUGCCGGUGAACGACACGUCAACACCAAUGCCAACAACAGCAGCUCCUGCAACGGAAGCUCCCUCAGUGGUUGCCAACAUCACAGUGGAAACUCUUAACACGUCCAUUACUCGAACACAAUGUGGGACCGAAGAGCUUUGUGCAUCUGAGCCUGCGGACUGCGACCCCUCGCAAGAUUCAAGUUGUUACUUUCUGUCAGCCGAGACACAAAAUGGCAACAACUUCACCUUUGGCCUCUCGGGGGAGUCGGAGGGCUACAUUGCUGUCAGCCUCUCGACCGACGAAACAGUGGGAAACAACGACACGACCUAUGUGUGCGCAAACAACAAUGGCAAAGUUAAAUUCUUCUCUACUGUCCUCAACAAUGGCCAGCUGACUCGGGCAGAGAGGAACGUGGGCUCUGUGAAAGGCAGCGUCAACGGAAACAAAAUCCAGUGUACAUUUGUUGCCGAUGCAAUAACUGCACAGACGAGAGCUGCGGGAGUCACGGUGGCAAUCUCCACUGGACCUUUCAACAGCAGUACCGAUGAUCUGGGAAGCCCCAACCUCCAAUUUAAGAGCAACGUUAUAGAUCUGGCAAACCCUAAUGCCACCGUCACAAAUACCAUUUCCAACACCACCAACAGCAAUACCACGACUACGACCGCAAAUCCUAGUAACCAUGGCAUCACUUUCCAGCAAACGCUGAUGCAAGCGCUCCUGAUCUCAUUUGGCAUCCUGGGUCUGACACUGGUCUGAAGAGAAUGAAAACUUAAUGAUCUAAAAACUAUGGAAACCCUUCACUUCAAAUAAUCUACGCAAUACCCAUCUCGGAGAGACAUUUGCUAUAAACACGUUAGAUUAUUAGGACGUCAACUCACUGGAGAUAAAAGUAGAAGUGGACGCUCGGGUCUUCUACAGCCUCCUGACUGUCGCCGCAUCUGGUAUAAAAUCUGAAACAGACAACAAAACACAUUUUUCUUUUAAUUUUCACUUCAUAUAACUUUCACUAUGUUAUAUAUAGUCAAACUUGUUUUGCAAUAGGACAGCUGGAUAUCUGUCCUGUGAGUUUCUGUGUCUCUAGUCCUUAGGUCCAGCGCCUGGCUUCCACCAGCGGAUGUCAACAUGACUGUUACUGUCAGGGAAAAAAAUGUCUUGCAUGAAGAUGAAUUCAUGUGGCAUUUAGGGCUGCAACUGACGAUUAUCAUGUUGAGCGUUUUUUUUUUACCAAACCUGGAAACGAUGACGGUCUCAAAAGAAAAAGCAGAGAAACCAGUACAUAUGCACAUUUAAGAAGAAACUUUUUAAAAAAUUCCAACUAAUUAAUCAAUUACCAAAAUAGUUGACGAUUAAUCUAGUCAUCAAUUAUUUGAAUAAUCAUUGCAGCCCUAGUGGCACUGAAUUGUUGUAUUUACACAUAUGGUGCCAGCAAAUGGCAGAAGUGUACUUUUGUCUUAUUUCCUUUCAUGUAAAUGUGUGUUCCGUAGAUUGUUUUUAAAAUGAAGCCGUCAUUGGCUGAUGUUUUUUACGUGUGAGAGUGCGUGCGUGCGUGCGUGUAAGUGAAAAUAUUUUUUUGCACAUCACAUUAUCUAAAAGUAAUACAUUUAUUGUAAUUUUUGAAAUAAAGGUUUAUAAACACUCAUGA